CUCGGACACGUCAAGAAAACCAUUGUUUAUCGAGAACCACCAAGCCUCUUCGUCUCUCUCUCUCUCUCUCUCUCUCUGGAGUUGACUUUGGUGCUGCAUCCACCAUCUCAGUUCUCAGCAGUUGCAGAAAUGGCCGCUGCCACUGAUCCUCUUCUGACUCCUCACAAGAUGGGAAAGUUCCAUUUAUCUCACAGAAUUGUGUUGGCACCAUUAACAAGAUCAAGAUCCUAUGGCAAUGUCCCCCAACCACAUGCUGUCUUAUACUACUCCCAGAGAACCACGACUGGUGGCCUUCUGAUCAGUGAAGCCGCUUGCGUCUCAGACACUGGUCGAGGGUACCCCCACACGCCUGGCAUAUGGACGAAGGAGCAUGUGGAGGCAUGGAAGCCGAUCGUGGAUGCCGUGCAUGCCAAGGGCGGGAUCUUCUUCUGCCAGCUCUGGCACACUGGCAGGGUCUCCAACACUGGGUAUCAGCCUAAUGGACAAGCUCCCAUCUCCUGCACCGACAAGCCGGUGAACUCCGGCUUGCUGCUUGAAGAUGAACCCGACGAGAAGUUCACUGUUCCCAGGCGAUUACGAACGGAUGAGAUCCCUCGCGUUGUGGAUGAUUUCAGAAACGCUGCAAGGAAUGCCAUCGAAGCUGGUUUCGACGGAGUGGAGAUCCACGGAGCGCAUGGGUACCUCAUCGACCAGUUCCUGAAAGAUAGCGUCAACGACCGGACGGACGAGUACGGUGGGAGCUUGGAGAAGCGCUGCCGGUUUGCUUUGGAGGUGGUGGAGGCCGUCGUCGACGAGAUCGGAGCUGAGCGAGUGGGGUUACGCCUGUCGCCCUUUGCAGACUACCACGGUUGUUGGGACUCCGACCCUGAGGUUUCGGGGCUCUACCUCGUCCACCAGAUCAACAAGCAUGACCUUCUCUACUUGCAUAUGGUGGAGCCGAGGAUGUCCAUUGUGGAAGGCAGGCGCCAAAUCCCCCACCGGCUUCUGCCGAUGAGGAGAGCUUUCAAGGGAACCUUCAUCGCUGCCGGCGGAUACGACCGUGAGGAAGGCAACAAAGUGGUGGCGGAGGGCUACACGGAUCUGGUGGCUUAUGGUCGCCUCUUCAUCUCCAACCCCGACUUGCCGAGGAGGUUCGAGCUCGACGCGCCUCUGAACGGGUAUAACAGGCUCACCUUCUAUACUUCUGAUCCAGUGGAGGGGUACACAGAUUACCCAUUUCUUGAGCCUUCGGCCUGAGACUAUCUCAAACUGAAGGGACUUUGAAUCUUGAGCAAUAAUUCUUUGUGAUGCCGUUGUCAUGAUGCAUUAUCGACACUAAAAACAAGCUUGAACAUUCUGUAAUGGAUUAGAGGCUUCGGAAAAGAAGUGAGGUCUUAUGUGUAGACAAGCUACAAUUCAUUUAGAAUCUCCAAACAUUUAAUGUGCUGAUUAA